AUCUAAUUUAUAUCCACUGUGAUCAGCUCUCUCAUAACUUGCCAGAUCCAGACCCAGGAUUCCGAGUAACCAGACCCCGCCCAAGAAGGAGACUAUAAUUUCGGAUUCCCUGGUGGAGGAAAACAAAACGCUCUGGUCUUGCUUCCAAUGAUGCAAGUGUGAUUGUCAGUGUCUUCAUGAGCUCCAGAGGUCACAGCACACUACCACGGACUCUCAUGGCCCCUCGGAUGAUUGCUGAGGGGGACAUAGGAGGCAUCGCUCAAAUCACCUCCUCUCUCUUCCUGGGCAGAGGCAGUGUGGCCUCCAACCGGCAUCUCCUCCAGGCUCGUGGCAUCACUUGCAUUGUUAAUGCUACGAUUGAGAUACCCAAUUUCAACUGGCCCCAAUUUGAAUAUGUUAAAGUGCCUCUGGCUGACAUGCCUCAUGCCCCCAUUGGACUAUACUUUGACACCGUGGCUGACAAGAUCCAUAGUGUGAGCAGGAAGCAUGGGGCCACUUUGGUGCACUGUGCAGCAGGGGUGAGCCGCUCAGCCACUCUCUGCAUUGCUUACCUGAUGAAAUUCCACAGUGUGUGCCUGCUGGAUGCAUACAACUGGGUGAAAGCCCGGAGGCCUGUGAUCAGGCCCAAUGUAGGCUUCUGGAGGCAGCUGAUAGACUACGAGCGCCAACUUUUUGGGAAGUCAACAGUUAAAAUGGUACAGACACCUUAUGGCAUAGUUCCAGACGUUUAUGAGAAAGAGUCCCGACACCUGAUGCCUUACUGGGGGAUUUAAUGCCACCAAAGCCUGCAUCAGCAGCCCCUCAAGCAGUACCAGCAUCAGCUACACAGUGUCUACUCCCCUCUUCACCUUUCUUUUCAAAUGGUUGAUUUUUUGGUUCUCCCUGAAGUGUUCAAGUUUAUUUUAAGAGGUAGGGAGGAGGGGAGGAACAUAAGGGGAAUGCAUACAUUGCUAAUAACAUUUUUAAAACUAACAUUUUGGAAUAGUGUUUAUGAAAAUCUUUAACUAGCUUUUAAUCAUUUUUAAUAAUUUGAACAGUUUAAUAAACUGGUUCUGCUCUAUCUUGAAUCCCAUGCCUUUUGGCAUCAUGACAGGUGCAAGAGAAGCUCAGUGCAAAAAUCACUUUGAGUCCUGUUUAGCUAAUCCUGUAGAGACAAGCUUUGCCUAAGGCUGCUGACCACACAAGUGCUUAGGGAAGAUUGAUACCGGCUUCAGUCUCUACUGGAUUAGCCCUCCUCUUUCCUUCCCUCUUUAUUAUUUAGUAACUUUGUAAGGUAAAAAGAAAACACCUUUAUUAUUUAGCUGUUAAGUAAUUAUAACAAAAUCUGCAAACACCCUCUUGGAAUCAAUGUGUCCCAGACUAUAUUAUUUUUAAUAAACCUGUCUGCUUAACAUAUUA